AUGCGGAAUAAACUCACUCACAAUAGCUUUAUAGCAGAUGUUCUUUUCCCUUUGGUUUACUGCACAUGUGUCAGGAUUUUUUUCAUCCCUCGUUUACUGUUUCUUGCCUUUUCCUUCCAGCUUUAUUUCUUUCUUUUAUUACUGUCUUUCAUUUCAUUCAGCUUUUCAUUCAUUUUUCCUUUCCUUUGUGACUAUCCCUCAAUUUCUUCUUCUUUUAGCUGCUUUUUCAUAGAUUUCCCUUCAUGUUUAUCAUUUUUUUCCCUUCAUAUUUCCCUUCAUGUUUUUCAUUCAUUUCCCUUCAUGUUUUUCAUUGAUUUCCCUUCAUGUUUUUCAUUCUUUUCCCUUCAUGUUUUUCAUUCUUUUUCAUGUUUUUUCUUUUCUUCAUGUUUUUCAUUGAUUUCCUUCAUGUUUUUCAUUCUUUUCCUUUAUGUUUUUUCAUUUUUUCCUUUAUUCAUGUUUUUCAUUUUUUCCUUCAUGUUUUUCAUUCUUUUCCCUUUUUUUCAUUCUUUUUUUCCUUCAUGUUUUUCAUGUUUUUUUCAUUUUUUCAUUCAUUUCCCUUCAUGUUUUUCAUUGAUUUCCCUUCAUGUUUUUCAUUCUUUUCCCUUCAUGUUUUUCAUUCUUUUCCCUUCAUGUUUUUCAUUUUCCUUUCUUUUUUCCUUAUCCCUUCAUGUUUUUUUCAUUGAUUUCCUUCAUGUUUUUCAUUCUUUUUUCCCUUUCAUGUUUUUCAUUCUUUUUCCUUCAUGUUUUUCAUUGAUUUCCCUUCAUGUUUUUUCAUUCAUUCAUGUUUUUUCAUUUUUUUGUUUUUCUUUUCAUGUUUUUCAUUCUUUUCCCUUCAUGUUUUCAUUCUUUUCCUUUGUUUUUUCCUUUUCCUUUCUUCAUGUUUUUCAUAAUUCAUUUUUUCAUUCUUUUCCCUUUAUCAUUUUUCAUUUUUUCCCUUCAUGUUUUUCAUUCUUUUCCUUUCAUGUUUUUUCCCUUCUUUUUCCUUUCAUGUUUUUUUCUUUUCCCUUUCAUUUUUUCUUUUUUCCUUCAUGUUUUUCAUUCUUUUCCCUUCAUAGAUUUCCUUCAUUCUUUUCCUUUCUUUUCCUUCAUGUUUUCAUUCAUUUCCCUUCAUGUUUUUUCAUUUUUCCUUCAUGUUUUCAUAUUUCCUUUCAUGUUUUCAUUCUUUUCCUUUCAUGUUUUUUCAUUGUUUUUCAUUUUUUCUUUUUUCCUUCAUGUUUUUCAUUCUUUUCCCUUCAUGUUUUUCAUAGAUUUCCCUUCAUGUUUUUCAUUGAUUUCCCUUCAUGUUUUUCAUUGAUUUCCCUUCAUGUUUUUCAUUCUUUUCCCUUCAUGUUUUUCAUUUUUUCCCUUUGUUUUUUUUCCUUGUUUUCCCCUUUUUUUCAUUCUUUUCAUGUUUUUCAUUGA